AUGGAUGUGUGGAAAUUGCAAAGUGCUGACAAACUGUGUUCAUUGGAGGAUGAGCAAAGGUGCUUUACCAUCCUUGUCAAUUUUGCGAAGGGAAAGCUGCAAACACUGCAGCCUAUAUGGAGUGUAGGUAAGGGGGGCACUGCAUUGGGUAAUGUAUCAGUUGUCCCAGGAAUCCAUGUUGCUAGGGAGGAGAUUGCCCGUUUAAGAUUAUUUGGCCUAUGUUCGUCAGAGUUGAGAUUGUUGUUUCCAGCAGGCAAGUCUGAUAUUUGUCAUCAUAGCUCAGGGGCUGCAGAAAACAAGCUGUGCACAAUGGACCCAGUCCUAGCAACAAAGGCAACUCAAGAGCAAUGGUCUGCUCAGGAAUUGGACUGGCGUCGAUAUAAUCGUGGACUAAAGGAGCUUCCGUACACAGCUUGCAGUCUAAUGGCGGUCAAGAAUGACAGACAGCAGAUAAACGGUGGAAGAAUCAAAAAAGAAGAUGCUGUUAAAGCAAUCAUCUAUGAAGCAACAUCAAGGCUCAGAGACCCUGUAUAUGGCAGUGCUGGAACAAUAUUCCACUUGCAAAAGAUGGUUCAGGAACUCAAAAUUCAGGUGGAAUCCAUGAAAGCUCAAGUUCUGCAGAUAAAAGAACAAAGAGACCAGCUAUUGGGCAUCCUGAUGAACGUCGAUCAUCUUGAUUCCACCUCCUCGGUUAACGACCACAUGUUUGAUGGUGGCAGCACUUUAAUGUUGGAUGAAGAUCAUACAAUGGCUUAUGAUCCCAUCACAUUUUCCCCCGAAAGUGACUGGACUUUCUGA